CUGUGGAGAAGAGCGGUCCGGAGUCGCGUCAUCCCUUGGUGGAGCAGUGGGUUUCGUAGUUUGUGUGCUUUUUUUCGGGGUUCUCGAGACUCUUUACGACCGUCACUAUGGAGGUGUCGCCGCUGCAGCCUUUAAGUGAAAAUAUGCAAAUGAACAAAAAGAAAAAUGAAGAUGCUAAGAAAAGACUGUCUAUUGAAAGGAUCUAUCAAAAGAAAACACAAUUGGAACACAUUUUGCUCCGCCCAGACACCUACAUUGGAUCUGUGGAAUUAGUGACCCAGCAUUUGUGGGUUUAUGAUGAAGAAAUUGGCAUUAACUAUAGAGAAGUCACUUUUGUUCCUGGUUUGUACAAAAUCUUUGAUGAGAUUCUAGUUAAUGCUGCCGAUAAUAAGCAAAGGGACCCCAAAAUGUCUUGUAUUAGAGUCACAAUUGACCCGGAAAACAAUUUAAUUAGUAUAUGGAAUAAUGGAAAAGGAAUUCCUGUUGUUGAACAUAAAGUUGAAAAGAUGUAUGUUCCUGCUCUCAUAUUUGGACAUCUCUUAACUUCCAGUAACUAUGACGAUGAUGAAAAGAAAGUAACAGGUGGUCGAAAUGGCUAUGGAGCCAAAUUGUGUAACAUAUUCAGUACCAAAUUUACUGUGGAAACAGCCAGUAGAGAGUACAAGAAAAUGUUCAAACAGACAUGGAUGAAUAACAUGGGGAAAGCUGGUGAGAUGGAGCUCAAGCCCUUUAGUGGAGAAGAUUAUACAUGCGUCACCUUCCAGCCUGAUUUAUCCAAGUUCAAAAUGCAAAACCUAGACAAAGAUAUUGUUGCACUAAUGGUUAGAAGAGCAUAUGAUAUUGCCGGAUCAACUAAAGAUGUCAAAGUCUUUCUUAAUGGAAAUAAGCUUCCAGUGAAAGGAUUCCGUAGCUAUGUGGAUAUGUAUCUGAAGGAUAAGUUAGAUGAAACUGGCAACCCAUUGAAAGUAAUACAUGAACAAGUAAACCACAGAUGGGAAGUGUGCUUAACAAUGAGUGAAAAAGGAUUUCAGCAAAUUAGCUUUGUCAAUAGCAUUGCUACUUCCAAGGGUGGCAGACAUGUUGACUAUGUAGCUGAUCAGAUUGUGAGUAAACUUGUUGAUGUCGUGAAGAAGAAGAACAAGGGUGGUGUUGCAGUAAAAGCACAUCAGGUGAAAAAUCACAUGUGGAUUUUUGUGAAUGCCUUAAUUGAAAACCCAACUUUUGACUCUCAGACAAAAGAAAACAUGACUUUACAAGCCAAGAGCUUUGGGUCAACAUGUCAAUUAAGUGAAAAAUUCAUCAAAGCGGCAACUGGCUGUGGUAUUGUAGAAAGCAUACUAAAUUGGGUGAAGUUUAAGGCCCAAGUCCAGUUAAACAAGAAGUGUUCAGCUGUAAAACAUAAUAGAAUCAAAGGAAUUCCCAAACUUGAUGAUGCCAAUGAUGCAGGGAGCCGAAACUCUACGGAGUGUACACUUAUCCUGACUGAAGGAGACUCAGCCAAAACUUUGGCUGUAUCAGGCCUUGGUGUAGUUGGGAGAGACAAAUAUGGGGUUUUCCCUCUCAGAGGAAAAAUACUCAAUGUCCGAGAAGCUUCUCAUAAACAGAUCAUGGAAAAUGCAGAAAUUAACAAUAUCAUCAAGAUUGUUGGUCUUCAGUAUAAAAAAAACUAUGAAGAUGAAGAUUCAUUGAAGACUCUUCGUUAUGGAAAGAUAAUGAUUAUGACAGAUCAGGACCAAGAUGGUUCCCAUAUCAAAGGUUUGCUAAUUAAUUUUAUUCAUCACAACUGGCCCUCCCUUCUGCGACAUCGUUUUCUGGAGGAAUUUAUCACUCCCAUUGUGAAGGUGUCUAAAAACAAGCAAGAAAUGGCAUUCUACAGCCUUCCUGAAUUUGAAGAAUGGAAAAGUUCUACUCCAAAUCAUAAAAAAUGGAAAGUCAAAUAUUACAAAGGUUUGGGCACCAGCACAUCAAAAGAAGCUAAGGAAUACUUUGCAGAUAUGAAAAGACAUCGAAUCCAAUUCAAAUAUUCUGGACCUGAAGAUGAUGCUGCAAUCAGCCUGGCUUUUAGCAAGAAACAGAUAGAUGAUCGAAAGGAAUGGCUAACUAAUUUUAUGGAGGAUAGAAGACAACGGAAGUUACUUGGCCUUCCUGAGGAUUAUUUAUAUGGACAAACUACCACUUAUCUGACGUACAAUGACUUCAUAAACAAGGAACUUAUCCUGUUCUCAAAUUCUGAUAAUGAGAGAUCUAUCCCAUCUAUGGUAGAUGGUUUGAAACCAGGUCAGAGAAAAGUUUUGUUUACUUGUUUCAAACGGAAUGACAAACGAGAGGUAAAGGUUGCCCAGUUAGCUGGGUCAGUGGCAGAGAUGUCCUCUUAUCAUCAUGGUGAGAUGUCAUUAAUGAUGACCAUUAUCAAUUUGGCUCAGAAUUUUUUGGGUAGCAAUAAUUUGAACCUAUUGCAGCCCAUUGGUCAGUUCGGUACCAGGCUGCAUGGUGGCAAAGACUCUGCUAGCCCUCGAUACAUCUUUACAAUGCUCAGCCCUUUGGCUCGGUUGUUAUUUCCACCAAAAGAUGACCACACACUAAAGUUCUUAUAUGAUGACAAUCAACGUGUUGAACCUGAAUGGUACAUACCUAUUAUACCUAUGGUGCUAAUAAAUGGUGCUGAAGGCAUCGGAACUGGGUGGUCCUGCAAAAUUCCCAACUUUGAUGUUCGUGAAGUUGUAAAUAACAUCCGGCGUUUGAUGGAUGGAGAAGAACCUUUGCCAAUGCUGCCAAGUUACAAGAACUUCAAGGGUACUAUUGAAGAGCUGGCUUCAAAUCAAUAUGUAAUUAGUGGUGAAGUAGCUAUUCUUAAUUCCACCACCAUUGAAAUCUCAGAGCUUCCUAUCAGAACAUGGACCCAAACAUACAAAGAACAGGUUCUAGAACCCAUGUUGAAUGGCACUGAGAAGACACCCCCUCUCAUCACAGACUAUAGGGAAUAUCAUACAGAUACUACAGUGAAGUUUGUUGUAAAGAUGACUGAAGAAAAACUGGCAGAAGCAGAGAGAGUUGGAUUACACAAAGUCUUUAAACUCCAAACUAGUCUCACCUGCAAUUCUAUGGUACUUUUUGACCAUGUAGGGUGUUUAAAGAAAUAUGACACGGUGUUGGAUAUUCUAAGAGACUUCUUUGAACUCAGGCUCAAAUAUUAUGGAUUAAGAAAAGAAUGGCUUCUAGGAAUGCUUGGUGCCGAAUCUGCUAAACUGAACAAUCAGGCUCGCUUUAUCUUAGAAAAAAUAGAUGGAAAAAUUGUUAUUGAAAACAAGCCUAAGAAAGAACUUAUUAAAGUUCUGAUCCAGAGGGGAUAUGAUUCAGAUCCUGUGAAAGCCUGGAAAGAAGCCCAACAAAAGGUUCCAGAUGAGGAAGAAAAUGAAGAAAGUGACAAUGAAAAGAGUGAAUCUGUACCAGAUUCAGGGCCAUCCUUCAACUACCUUCUUGAUAUGCCCCUUUGGUAUCUAACCAAGGAAAAAAAGGAUGAACUAUGUAAACAAAGAAAUGAAAAGGAGCAAGAACUGGAUACAUUAAAGAAAAAGAGUCCAUCAGAUUUAUGGAAAGAAGACUUAGCUGCAUUUAUUGAAGAAUUAGAGGUUGUUGAAGCCAAGGAAAAACAAGAUGAACAAAUAGGGUUUCCUGGAAAAGGAGGGAAAGCCAAGGGGAAGAAAACACAAAUGAUGGAAGUUUUGCCUUCUCCACAAGGAAAAAGAGUCAUUCCCCAAGUGACCAUAGAAAUGAAAGCAGAAGCAGAAAAGAAAAUUAAAAGGAAAAUUAAGAGUGAAAACACUGAGACUAAGGAGGAUGGGAUGGAAAUAGAAGGCCUAAAAGAAAGAUUGGAGAAGAAACAGAAAAGAGAACCAGGUGCCAAGGUAAAGAAACAAACUACAUUGCCAUUUAAACCUGUCAAAAAAGGAAAGAAGAAAAACCCCUGGUCAGAUUCAGACUCAGAUAUGAGUAGUACUGAAAGUAAUUUUGAUGUUCCUCCACGAGAAAUAGAGCCACGGAGAGCUGCAACAAAAUCCAAAUUCACAGUGGAUUUGGAUUCAGAUGAAGAUUUUUCAGAUUUUGAUGAAAAAAUUGAAGAUGAAGAUUUUGUCCCAUCGGAUGCUAGUCCACCUAAGACCAAAGCUCCCCCAAAACAUACUGAAAAAGAACUGAAGCCACAGAAAAGUGCCACGUCAGUUAACUUGGAUGAUGCUGAAGAAAAUGUAGCCCCUUCUUCAAGCCUUCCAUCUGCUGACUUACCAGCUAAAAUUGAAAUUCUAGCUCAACCUUCUAAAAAGAAUGUGACAGUGAAGAAGACAGCAACAAAAAGUCAGUCUUCCACCUCUGUUGCUGGUACCAAAAAAAGGGCAGCUCCCAAAAAAACCAAAACAGAUCCAGCCUUAAAUUCUGAUAACUCUCAAAAGCCUGAUCCUGCCAAGAACAAGACUCGCCGCAAAAGGAAGCCAUCCACUUCUGAUGAUUCUGACUCUAAUUUUGAGAAAAUCAUUUCUAAAGCAGCCACAAGCAAGAAACCCAAAGGGGAGACCGAUGAGUUCCUUCUGGACUUUGACUCAGCUGUGGCUCCUCGGGCAAAGUCUGUACGAGCCAAGAAACCUAUCAAGUACCUCGAAGAGUCAGAUGAAGAUGACCUGUUUUAAAAUGUGAAUGGUCUCAUUGCACCUAAGACUGGUUUUUAAGUUACUCGAAGUUCUUAAUUUCCUCUCCUGAAUACUGUACACAAGACUAACAAAGUAAAGUGAAUAGAGUCCAUAAACCCUUAGCUUCUUAUACAGUGUACUGUCUAAAUAAUGAUCACCUUGUGAGCAUUAUUUUCUUCUCUACUUUGUCUGUGCUUUCUCUGUUUUCUUUGAUUAAAAUCAGAUUUCAUAUUCUUCUAGACUCAAAUUAUAUGGUCACUUCAGCAAAAAAAAAAAAAAAAUCAAAAUAUUAAGCUAAAACUGGAGCCAUUUUACUUAAGUAUUACUCUGCCUCCUUCCCUGUUUUCACUAAAUAGGAAGUAGCAUAAUUGUUUCAUCUUUAUUUUAUAGAUAAUAUUCUACCAAGUAGAACUUGAUAGCUUUAGUACAAAUAUUAUUUGGCCUUUUAAAUGAUUUUUGUUUAAACAAUGAGAAAUUGCUCCUAUCCUGAACAUCAUGUGCUGAAGAAAACCACCCUAUGUCUGAAGGAACUUAUAGUCAGCAGUAUCAAGAAAAUUAGACCAGUUGUUUGACUGUCAACUCUUGACUUGUCCCCUCUGUUGCCUGAGUCCCUGUCUCCCAGAACAGAUUUCUAGAGAAUGUUGAACUCUGAUUUUAGGACCUUUCUAGAUUGGUAUAUGUGUUUCUUGAGUGAUAUUAUCAAUGUUUUUAUAAAUAUUUACUAUGUUUUUUUACUUAGCUUCAUCCUUUUGUAUUUUAAUAAAAAUGUUCUAAGCAUU